UAUUCUCUCUUGUUAAAACUUCAUCUGUAUUUUGGAUUCUACAAAUAAACAAUAUACAUUCUCUUGUAGUAGUUUGUGCUAAAAUUCCUAAUUUCUCAUCAAAACUUGGCAUAGUACUUCUUCAUCAUCACUGUGUUCGAAACCUUUAUUGAUCUACUAAGCAGUGACAUGUCUCAACCUAACGUGAACCCAAACUUCAACACGACAUACACAAAGAUAUACGUGGGAGGUUUGCCUUGGAUAACAAGAGAAGAAGGUUUGAGAAGCUUCUUCAAACAGUUUGGUGAAAUCAUUCAUGCUAAUGUGGUCUGUAAUAGAGAAACAGGGCGAUCAGAGGGCUUUGGCUUUGUCACGUUUAGAGAUGCUGAAGCUGCAACGAGAGCCUGUCAGAAUCAGUUUCCGGUCAUAGACGGACGAGUAGCCAAGUGCAAUCUUGCUUAUCUUGGUGCUAGGGUUAACAAUAAUCAAAACGAUCGUCAAGUAGCUACCUAUAUACCCCCCUACUGGUACCAUCAGAAUGCACCGCAGUAUUAUCCGGUGUAUCCAUAUUACCCCUACCCACCGUUUUGGACACAGUAUGGCCCGUACUAGAUGAACCAACCAGGUUCAUGACCUAUGAGCCAUAUCUCUUGUUGUUGUCUGAGUCAGAGAACUUCUUGUUAUAUUUUCUAAAUUCAAGCUGUUUAAUUAGUUUGUAGUUCUAUAACAUAGCUAAAUUAUCAUUAAAAUUUCGAUAUUUAUUGCUGUAGAAAACAAGAUUUAAUUUUCUACUUCUGUUUUAACUUUCAGUCG